CUCGCGUUAACACGUUGUGGUUACCAGGGGAACGAGAGCCUGAGGAGCAGCGCUUGUGUGCUAUGCUGUCGCUCGGCGGGAUGAACGCUGAAGGUAAAGCGUUGCGUUUGUAGUUCGCAGGUAAACAGAUGAGAGAGAGACAGCCUCGAUGAAGGAGGAGGUAACGUAGAGGCAUAUCAACGCGUUUGGCCUUCCCGUGCAUUCACUGCCAGGUAACGUCACGUCUGUCAGAGCCAUUAAGCGACAUCCUGCAAAAAUGCCGUCACCACAAGUCCUCCAGCCAGUUCUCAAGAUGAAAGUGGACGAGCUGUUUCUCAACUGGUUGAGUGAUAACGCGACACAGUCACUACUCAAAGAUUAUCUGGACAUCAUCAAAAGUGGACAGCACGUCGAUGUGAGCGGUGGGGAGGCCCAGGGCAAGAGGUCGUUGACCUUCAAUGAGAACAACAAUGUGGCAUCCCAGAGGAACCUGGCGGAGAGGAAGCCCCUUCCCCUCGGUACUCCCUCCAGCCCCCCGUCUGCCAGCACACUGCCCUCGGGCAGCAGCAGUAACACCAGAGUGACCGGAUCCAAUGGCAGGGUACUACGCAGAUCAGUCAGCGCAAAAAAGGCCCAGGUGAGGACGGAGGAGCCCGUCUCCACGGCGCUGAGUGAAAGCAUUCCAAAGUUUUACUUCCCGCAGGGCCGGCCCCAGGCCAACAUCAACAUCGACAGCCUCAUUUCCAAAAUUGAGAAAACAUUUUCCCAAUUCCCAAAUGAAAGGGCCACCAUUGAGGACAUGGGGAAGGUCGCCAAGGCCUCUGAGUGUCCUCUCUACUGGAAAAUGCCAUUGUUCUGCUCGGCUGGAGGCGACAGGACCGGCUUCGUGUCCGUUCACAAGUUCGUGGCUAUGUGGAGAAAAACUCUGCAGACCUGUCACGACGACGCGUCUAAAUUUGUGCACCUCUUGGCCAAGCCUGGCUGUAAUUACCUGGAACAAGACGACUUUAUUCCAUUCCUGCAGGAUGUGGUGAACUCGCACGCAGGCCUGGCCUUCCUAAAGGAUGCACCGGACUUUCACUCCCGAUACAUCACCACGGUGAUUCAGAGGAUAUUCUACAAUGUGAACCGUUCAUGGACUGGAAAAAUAUCGUUUACUGAGCUCAGGAAAAGUAAUUUUCUUCAGAAUUUGGCAUUGCUGGAGCAAGAAGAAGAUGUGAACCAGCUGACAGAGUUCUUCUCCUAUGAACAUUUCUAUGUUAUCUACUGCAAGUUCUGGGAGCUGGACACCGACCAUGACCUCUACAUAGAUCAGAAGGACCUGGGACAGCACAAUGACCAAGCCCUCUCCCAAAAGAUGAUUGAGAGACUAUUCUCAGGAACAGUGACAAGAGACAGAAAGGUGUACAAGGAGGGGCGGCUUAGUUACGCCGAUUUCGUCUGGUUCCUUAUCUCUGAGGAGGACAAGAAGACCGACACCAGUAUAGAGUACUGGUUCCGCUGCAUGGACCUGGACGGGGACGGGGUGCUCAGCAUGUACGAGCUGGAGUACUUCUACGAGGACCAGUGCCAAAGGCUGGAGACCAUGGCCAUCGAGCCCCUUCCCUUCGAGGACUGCCUCUGCCAAAUGCUUGACCUCGUCAAGCCCGAGGUCGAAGGUAAGAUCACUCUGCGGGACCUCAAACGGUGCAAGUUGUCCCACAUCUUCUUCGACACUUUCUUCAACAUCGAGAAGUACCUGGACCACGAGCAGAAGGACCCAUUCUCUAUCAUAAGGGAGGUGGAGACAGACGGACAGGAGGUGUCAGACUGGGAGAAAUAUGCUGCGGAGGAGUACGACAUCCUAGUGGCCGAGGAGGCCGCCAACGAUCAGUGCAACGAUGUGUAUGAUAAUCCUUUGAGCCCUUUAGGACAGCACAUCUCCAAUGAGCUGGGUCUGGCAAAGAGACACUUCUUUGAGAUCCCCAGUCCACACUGCAACCUGGACCUGGACGAGUAUGAAUAUGAAGAGGACUUUGAAUGACCCUCUCUCCCCGCAGCGGUCCCUCACACGCCUGCUGAGCGCCGAGCGCUCCCAGAAACAAAGCUCAACCAGCAGUGUCAGUGGACGAAUCGCAUCACGCCACAGAAGCGCAGGUUCAGGGCCCCCGGUUCCAAGUAACAGGACAACAAACAGGGAGUGAUCACAAAACGCUGUCAGAGCACUGGUUGGGUCAGAUGUGCUGGAGGAAUUGGACACAGUAUCACACAUUUGGCCAAGAGGAAACGUGAAGUGAUCUGAGAAGAACGCGGUCCUUCACAGUACCGUACUUUACCAGAUGUUUUAUUCUCACCUGCCACACUUAAAGAAGUCUCCACAGCUGACUUCAUGGUGUCACCAGCUGACCUUUGCUUCAUCCCCACAAUGUUAACACAGGAAAAGUAGUUUUUCGCGCUUUGUAUAAAUGUUUGGGGCGAGUGUUAUUUCAUCCAAACGUCGGUACUGUGCGAUCACAUUCACAUGAGCUAAAUCAGUGUUCACACAACGAAGCUCCCCGCAUUGUUGGACAGAAACUAAAGUAGAUUCAGGUUUUUAAACUAAUCAUCAUUUGAAGUCAUUGGCUAAGGUUACAUUCCAGUGAUCCUAACGGAAAAGGUUUCUAUAAACUGUAUAAUUCAUUCAUGGUCGUUUGUUCAAAUGAGAAAUGAGCGUAAAUGCCAAACAAGACACCGUUGAGCCUGCUGCACACACACGAGCACAGAGCUCAGACUGCCACACACACACACACACACUGUAUAUUGUACAGGUCUGUACUCAUUAUGAUAGAUUUACUGUAUGUGUGAGAUGGGUUUAUUAUUAAAUUAUUAGAGAUGGAUUUAUAAAUAACUGUAAAUAUUUAUUUGGUGUUUGCUGUGUUGUAAAUGAUUUGGGAAAAUGUUUUAGACAUAUUCUUUUUUUUUUCUAUGUUAUAAAGUACUUGAUAUGAAUGUACUCUUGACGGAACAAAAGGAACCAAUUUUAAAAUGUUUUGCUUUUCUUUAAAUGAAUAAUAAA